AUGACUUCCGAAGGGAUACCAAUUCAUAUAAAACAGCCUAUGAUUCAUAGAAAUGUAUCCGAAGAAAGCAUGCUUGACUCAACGCCCGAAGUUACAUCACUUGAAACUUCGCAAGAGACAUCAAUUACAAAGUUAUCGGACAUUAUAUCACAAACAAUUCAAUUUACUUCGGCUGUUUUCAAAUUUAUGGCAUCAAAAGAUCCUUCAUUACGAACUUUUGCUCCUGAAAUAGCUUUUAUUUUAGAUGCUAUUAUGAACUUUUUUUCGACAACAUCAAAAGUUAAUUUAGUAUUAUAUCUAAUGAUUUUCUUCACAUGGAGUUAUCUACAGAAAUCUCCUUUAAUGUUGCUAAUUCUUGGAUGCGCUUUUGGCUAUAUGCUUCGAUGUAACUCUGAUACAUCUAGCCAGAACCCGAUUUGUUUGGCACAAGAAUCUUAUAUACAACAAAAUACUCAAAUUUCUCUACAGGCUAUUGAAUGUGAAAAAGCAACUUCUUCAGAACUUUCUAUUACCCCUCGGGUAGAUGAUUCAUUAAAUAAAGCAUUUGAUUUUAUCAUUCGGGAUAUAGUUGUUUUUUAUUAUGAUCAAAUAAAUUCAAGCAAGGAUUCCGAAUUUCACAUUCAUGUACGAAACGCCAUGAAUGUUAUGGCAACAAAUUUAUCUUUGUGCCUCCAGAAUAUUGAUAAAGUAGAAUUAGGAAUAAUGUCUAGUUUUGCUAUUGCAAACAAUUUUAUUGUCCAUUUGCGCGAAUAUAAAAAGUUUAUUUUGACAAAUGAAUCAUUGAGCACUUAUUGCUCACAAAAUGAGACAUCUCUACUUGCUCAUACCACAAAUAGAGAAUUACAAGCACAAGUACUCCGUUCCCUAUCUAAAUUAUUGUUCUCCCGUCUUUUACCAACAAAUGAGACUCAAAGUCAUAUAUUGAUGACAUUUUUUUCCGAAUUAUGGGCUAUUCAGAUUUUUGAAGCAAUACUCGAAAAAAUAUGUGAUUCAGAUUGGUUAAAUUGUACUAUUGUUGAUUAUUUAACGGAUAGUGAUCCAGAUGAAACUCAGGAAGAAACAUUUUUUCACCAACUAGCAACUUCGAUAGACGAGGAAGUGGCUGGUCUGACUGAUAAAUUUAAGGAACCAUCGAAUGAAUAUCAAACAUCAAUAUCAAAUAAUCAAUCUUUGACUAUACAAACUACAUUAUCUCAAACAAAUAUGUCCCCUGAUUUUAAUGCUGAGCAGACAAAUUCCGUUGAAAUUCAUGCAUCUCCAUCAUUCUCAUCACAUCAUUCAUCUAUAAAUUCUACUUAUUUAAAUGAAGAACUUAAAAAUUCAGUUGAAAUUAAUACGGAGAUUCUCUUACCUAUUAAAGAAGUUGCAACUCCUACUACAUCACCUUCAUCACCUUCAUCACGUCGUUCAUACAUGCGUUCCGCUAAUACAGAAAAAUUACGAUCGAUUCUUGAACUCCAAUCAAAUACUUUUGCUGAAUUUAUGGCUUUUUUGGAAGAACGUAAAUCAGCAAAUUUACUUCGAUUUUGGCUUCAAGCUGAUUCAUUCAGGAAAAUUGCUGCUAACGAAACAAACAUAGAACUAAUUCAAAAUGACGCAAUGGGAAUUUUUAAAACUUAUUUUGGUGAAGCCGCUUCAUAUCCUGUGAAAGUUGUUAAUGAUAUAUUAGUGAGGCAAUGUGCUAGAGAGAUAUCGAAGGGACCUACAUGUAGUUGCUUUAGAAAAUUGCAAGAGUAUGUAUUUGUAGUGUUGGAAAAUGAAUAUUUCGAUGAUUUUAUUCAAGCGAUGAAAAAGCAAGGUGAAGAUAUGAGUUUUAUGUAUGUUGAGGAACCGGCCCAAUUUGAAAACCUAUCUCGAGGAGAAGAUAAACAUGUUAUAAUGAAUGAUAUAUCGAUUGAAGAUCAGGUUUAUAAACGUAAUAACACAAUGGACAAUUCAUCCUUUGGUUUUUUAAACCGACCAAAUUACUCAGAUUAUUCAUUGAUUAACGACAAUGAGUCUAUAGGACCAAUAGAAAGUCUAGUACAUCAUUCUAGAUCAUUUACUACUGGAUUUUUUAUGGAUGCACUGAGAUUCAAUGAAAGUUCCGUAGACACGCUCGUAGAAGAAAAGGAUGACCCUCCAAAAAUGCCAAUUAUGAAUCUUAAUGGAGUAAGAAUAAAAAUGACAGAUAUUUCUGAAGCGUCUUCAAAUAGACUAAUUUAUUCAACAAAAUCUCUUACCUAUAUGAUUGAAGUUGAACAACCUGGUUCCGCAGGAUGGAUUAUGACUCGAAGCUUUAACGACUUUGAGGCAAUGCAUUCAGCUUUGGGAAAAGAAUUUCCUAAAGCUGAAAAAGUAACAAUGCCACGUUUAAUGUUAAAAAAGAACCAUGAGGCAUGUCUAUCUUUAGAGCGAUAUUUAAAUAUUUUAUUGAGUGAUAUUUCUUUAUGUGAAAGUGAAGCUCUCCAAAAGUUUAUGAAAAGAGACGGUCUUCCAAAAGAUGAUUUAGGAAAACCAACUAGUAAAAUAAAUAGAGCUCUGUCGAUAUUAUCAAUUCCAAGAUCCAUAUCUAUGGUCAAUCUUGUUGGCACAAGCCCACAAGAUACUACUAAAAAUCAAGGACUUCCUUCAACAAAGUCUAGUUUCGAAGGAUCAUAUUCUAAAAGAUCUUCAGAUAAUGAUCCGACAUAUACAGAUAGGCCACAAGAAAUGUCUGAUGAAAUUUCCGUUAAAAACUCUCCAACUUCAACAUUUUCACUCAUUACAUGCAAUAGUAUUGAGAGUACAGCUUCAGAUGAAUCAAUAACAUUACCUGUUGAGAAUGAUACACCUGAAAAAGAACCUGUUUUAGAAAAACCUCGACGUCCAAGACCAAAUAAACAAAUGACAGGUCAAGAUAUUGAUCUUCUUAUUGAUACAAUCUUUGAUACUAUUGAAGAAAUAUUUGAUUUGUCAGAGAAGUCUCAAUGGCAUCUUCGAAAAACCGUUUUAUCUGUUUUAAGAGGUCUGGUACGGAGAUCUUAUACUGUAGCAAUAAAGCAGUACUUUCUAACCACUAUUGACUCAAUUUCCACCGAAGACUAUAUUGUGUCGUUGAUUGAUGGUUUUUCCAACUCAUUUUGGCCAAAUGGAGUAUGGGCAGAUGCUGAUCAACAACGAAGUGAAGAAGAAAAAUUACGAACGAAAGAUGAAGCUAAACGACUACUCUUACAAUAUGCUAUACCAGAUUCUUUAAGACAAGUGAUGGGUUAUGAAAAUUCUAAAAAUAUGGUUGGAAAACUAGUUGAUGGGUUUUUAGCAGAGAAAGAAGUUGUAAGAGGGAUGGGUAUUAACAUCUUGGAAAGCAUUGUUAAACUUAUUAUAAAUGGAUGA